ACUAAUUAUUUUAUAUUAAUGCCAGCUCGAUCUUCAUCCAGAGCUUCAACUAACAGCAAAUCUAAAACUAACAAGAAGGCAACAAAACAAGAUGAUUCCGAUGUAGUUUCAGUGUGUUCAAAAACAUCUAUUGGAACCAAUGAAGACGAAGACGACGAUUUUAUGGAUGACAAGAAUGAAAAUUCUUUUACAUUACCAGCGUCAGAUCUCAGCUAUCAUCGAAAGAUUUUUAUUAUGAAAAGUGGCUCAAAUACAGGAGAAAUCCAUCGGUUGCCACAUCCAAAAUUUGGAAGGCCUGUUCUUUUUAUGAUUGAUGAAGAAGGAAAUCCAUUUGAAUUAAUGAAAAUUGAGCAAGGACAAAAGCGGUCGAUUUUUGUUGGUGAUUCUGUUGUUUCUGACCCGGGAACGAUUCUUUUGUUUCUCCCUGUUCAUCCUCUUUUUCUGAUUCUUCCACUUUUGGAAGAGUCAAAAGAAACGUUUCUUUCACUUGAUCAACUUUUUGAUGAGUCUCCACUUAAAUUAUUGUCAAACAAUGAAAAAUUGUUGAAAGCUUUGCCUUUGGUUACUGAAUGUGAAGGAAGCAAGGGAACCAAAAAAUUUCGUCUAAAUGAAGAUCAACUCGUUAGCUGGUUAAAAAUUAAAUUUGAUUCUCUGAAGGAAACUGUUAAGAAGAAUGUCGUGUCAGUUGAAGGACGUGGAGAUGUUUUUCUUGAUCAUUAUUCAAUGGGUAUUCUGUCAGAUUAUUUAACUCCAUCAACUGAUCAGUUGCUUCGUUCUCACCUUUUACUUAACAAAGAAGAUGAAAUUAAGGAAUAUUCUUCAAUUGAUACUUCAACUCGAAAAAGAGCUUUGCAACAACCAAAGAAAAUUAUUCCUACAAAAAAGCGUCCUUCGAAAUUUGCUCAAGUAGCCACUACAGGAAUGCAGUCGCUACGUACAUUUUUUGGAAAAAAGCCGUGA